AUAUUGGCAUUGGCCCAAAGCGUUCACCCCUCGCGUGUCUCUCGUUCUCUGCGAUUUAUUUUAGUAGAUCCCUUAAGCGCACAUCUCUCAAGGGGUCCGCCGUUUGAAGGAGAAAUGGGACUGACAUUUACGAAGCUUUUCAGUCGGCUUUUUGCCAAAAAGGAAAUGCGAAUUCUCAUGGUGGGUCUUGAUGCUGCUGGUAAGACCACCAUCUUGUAUAAGCUCAAGCUUGGGGAGAUCGUUACUACAAUUCCUACCAUUGGGUUUAAUGUGGAGACCGUUGAAUACAAGAAUAUUAGCUUCACUGUUUGGGAUGUUGGUGGUCAGGACAAGAUUCGUCCCUUGUGGAGGCAUUACUUCCAGAAUACACAGGGCCUUAUAUUUGUUGUGGACAGCAAUGAUAGGGACAGAGUCGUUGAAGCAAGAGAUGAGUUGCACAGAAUGUUGAAUGAGGAUGAACUCAGAGAUGCAGUAUUGCUUGUAUUUGCUAACAAACAAGAUCUUCCCAAUGCAAUGAAUGCUGCUGAGAUCACUGAUAAGCUGGGUCUCCACUCUCUCAGGCAGCGCCACUGGUAUAUCCAGAGCACCUGUGCAACUUCUGGGGAAGGCCUUUAUGAGGGUUUGGAUUGGCUUUCCAACAAUAUAGCCAACAAGGCCUGAUGCUCUUUCGGAGUCUUAUUGUGGGAGUAAUUCUGGAUGCAGGGGUGAAUAUUAUCUAGCUUUUUUUUUUUUGGGCUUUUUCGAUAUAAGAAAAACAGAAUCUCUUGAGAGAUAAAUUGGUUUUGUGUUUAUCUUCUGUGGUGUAGUAGGACUCAGUGGCUAAAGCUGUUGUAGAAAUUUGUUUUCAUGAUGGGGGAUAUGUGAUACCUGAGCUUUAUAUUUGGGUUUGGCUGCAAUGUUUGUAACUCUCAUGGAAACUAAUUCAAUGCGCCAUCCCUUUUCUGAAAA